AUGGAAGUGGCCAUUGGAAAGAAUGAGCCCAAAUGCCUCUUGGAUGAACCCAAAGCUUUGCAACAGCAGAUUCAGCAAAAAGACAGAGAGGAAUGUACACAGCAGUUAGUAGGGAUGGCCACGUGUCCGCCUUACGUUGGAGGUCAAGCCAAGGCUCCUACACCAGACUGUUGCACUGGUUUCAAACAAGUGGUCAACAACAAUAAGAAGUGCCUUUGUGUUAUCAUUAAAGAUCGCAAUGAUCCUGAACUCGGUCUACAGAUGAAUGUAACGCUUGCUUUAGGUCUGCCUGCUGUUUGCAAGGCCCCUGCCAAUGUCUCCAAGUGUCCCGAACUUCUGCAUUUGGAUCCUAAAUCACCAGAAGCUCAAGCUUUCUAUCAAUUGGAAGGCAACUCUACUAAAACUGCCAGCAGUCUUGCUCCCAGUACUACUGUGGAGGGUCCAACGAUUGCCAGUAUGGGGUCAAGAUCUAGCAGUGGGGCUGCUCGACAGAAUAUCGUCGGUCUGUUGCAGUAGAAAGAAUUAGUUGUGGUUAGAGAUUCGUCUUGGUGCUUCCCCUUAAUGGUUUUGUACUUGUUCAUCUAGAUGCUUGAAACGGAUUAAACACCAUUAUUACAAACUCAGAUCUUGAGACAGGUUGAUUGAUUGAUUGAUUGAUAUAUUGGCUGUCAUGGCUUGAUUGUACAAAAUGCAACUCUUAUAAUGUAUGUACUUUUGCCAUUUACAACUGAGUU